UAACGGAACCAUUAAUGCUAACAGCAGCCUCACAAAACUUAGUCAUCUGCAAAGACUCAACCUUGCUUUCAACAAGUUGAGUAACUUUCCACUUGGGGAUAGCAUUAGUGAACUCGAAAGUUUGACAUAUCUCAAUCUUUCGUAUUCAGUACAUAUGAUAGGGGAGAAGCAGAUACCACAAGCAUUAUCCAACUUGUCUAAAUUGGUUUCACUUGACCUCUCCUCGUAUUACACUGAACUCAAACUUGAUCGAAAAACCUUCAGAAGUUUGCUUCAAGACUUGACCAAUUUGGAGGUACUGUUACUUGACAACGCGAAUGCAUCAUUUGAGUUACCUAAGAAUGUUUCUUCUUCGCUUAGGUACUUAAGUCUUGAAAGCACCGGCAUGUUUGGGAACAUAAGUGAGUUUCAGAUAUUUCAUUUACCAAACUUGCAAGUGCUGAGAUUUGGACAGAAUCCUUUACUAACAGGCUCUUUGCCAAAUUUUAAUCGGAGUUCCAGUAAAAGUAUUUUAGAGUUGGACUUCUUUUAUACUGGUAUUUCUGGGAAGGUACCUGAUUCAAUUGGUAAUCUCCAUUCUCUUUGGUAUUUGAAUCUCCAGAGUUGUCAUUUAUCAGGCGCGAUUCCAGAAUCCAUUGGCAAUCUCAGUGCAAUCAGAGAGUUGAUACUUUCAGAAAACGACUUCAUUGGUAAUGUUCCCUCAACUAUCUCAAAGUUAAACAAACUCGUUCGUUUAGAUCUCUCUUCAAACUAUCUUCGAGGCUCAAUUCGAGAAUACAUUGACAAUCUCACUGCAAUCACACAGUUGACAAUUCCAGAUAACAGCUUCACUGGAAAUGUUCCCUCAACUAUCGGAAAGUUGAACAAACUUAACUACUUAUCUCUCUCUUCCAAUUAUUUUGAAGGCUCGAUUCCAGACAUCUUUGCCAACUUUUCAGAGCUAUCUGCUUUAGUUUUUGACACUAACAAUUUCACUGGUUCAUUUCCCUGUUCAAUUGCAACCUUGACUCGCCUUGUGAAUUUAGAGUUGCAAAACAAUUUACUAACUGGUUCACUUCCCUCUAAUAUAAGCGGAUUUCAACGCCUACAAUCACUUGAUUUGUCCUUCAAUUAUUUCACUGGCACAACAUCCCCUUCGUUAUUCCUUCUUCCAAGAUUGGUUUCUUUACAUGUUCAACACAAUCAAUUAACCGGGAAAUUGCCAAAUGUGCUCAAGAAGAGUUAUCUAGGAUACGUACUAUACCGUAGCAUUGAUCUUUCAUACAACAAGCUGAAAGGUGAAAUCCCCAAUGCGAUGUUAUCUACGAGCAUGGGUAAGCUGGAUCUCUCUCAUAACUUCCUCACAGGCUUUGAAAAACAAGAAUGGCACUCAGAGAACUUACAAUACCUUAAUUUGGAGAACAAUUUUCUUCAAGGGCCUUUGCAUCUAUCCUUUUGUGACAUGUAUAGUCUUGUAUUCCUCAUUUUAGCUCGGAACAAUUUCAGUGGUUCAAUCCCGGGAUGUUUGGGUAACUCCAGUAUCUCCAUUUCUGCUUUAGACUUGCGAAUGAACAAUUUGCAUGGAGAGAUACCAAGAUUCUUAUCUACAGGGUUAAAAUAUCUUGGUUUAUAUGGCAAUCAAUUGGGGGGACAAGUCCCGCGAUCCUUGGUUGACUGUACAAGCUUGGAAGCUCUUGAUUUGGGGAACAACAAGAUAAAUGACACGUUUCCGAUAUGGCUGCAGAAACUACCAAACCUACAAGUUCUGAUUCUGAAAUCGAAUCUAUUUCACGGUCCAAUUGGUGAUUUGGAGUCCGAGUUUCCAUUUCCUGAGUUACGAAUCUUUGAUCUUUCCUUCAAUGGGUUCACUGGAACUUUGCCAUCUAAUUUUUUCAAAAGUUUUAGAGGUAUGAUGGAUGUGGAUGAAGAAAAAAUAGGAAUUACUCGCUCCUACAAAGGGUCGACCAGGCCUUGUACAAGAGAAAAUGGAUGUCGAAGAGAUAUAUAUUACCUUUACCACUUUAGUUUGGUGAUAAAAGGUAAUGAGUUUGAUAUGAGAAUCACGUCAAUUAUGACGAGUGUUGAUAUAUCAAGCAACAGGGUUGAAGGAUAUAUUCCAAAUUCCAUUGGAAAUCUGAGCUCACUUGUGUUACUCAACCUGUCUCACAACAGCUUCCGUGGUCAUAUUCCUGCAGAAUUUGCAAAGUUGCAACAGCUUGAACAAUUAGAUCUCUCAUGGAACAAACUCAUUGGAGAUAUUCCAGAUCCAUUGCCAAGUUUGACAUUUCUUGAGGUCUUAAACCUUUCCUACAAUCAUCUGGCUGGACGCAUUCCUCUUGGGAAACAGUUCAAUACAUUUCCAAAUGAUUCGUAUUGUGGAAAUCCUGAUUUAUGUGGAUUUCCACUAUCAAAGGAAUGUGGAAACAGUAAUGACUCACCACUUAAACACGAUGAUGAUGAUGAUGAUGAUGAUGAUUCAUUUUUUGCGAGUGGGUUCACAUGGCAAGCUGUGGUAAUAGGUUAUGGUUGUGGUAUGAUAUUUGGAUUGUUGAUGGGAGGUCUCAUGUUCCUACUGGAAAAACCAAAAUGGUUUGUGAACUUUGCUGAAGAUAUUGCUCAACAAAUUGCUGCUAAGAAGCGAACAAGGCAAAAGAAGAGACGCCAAAGACAUGGUUUAAGAAUGAACUAGCAAUAUACCAGAGGUUGCUGGAGAGUUGGACAUGUUUAUUAGCAAGUUAGUGCUGAUGUUCUGGCAAAUAGCAAUGGAUGCAUCUGUUUGUUCACUUUAUGUGCCAAAUACGUAUGUAAAUGUUACAGUUGAUUUCUGUUUGUAUGGUUCUUACAUGUUGUUUUGUAAUGUAUUGUAUUAUAUUGUAUUGUUAGUACAACAAUAUGAAUCCUGUAUUAUCUACUAGAUGAGUCACGCCCGUGCUUAACACGAGCUCAACAUUAAGGUGAUUGAAAUCUCUUUUCUUACUUGUAUCUUUUCAAUUUGUACUUCUUUCUACAUUCAAGAAACUAAA